AUGAUUAGCUCAAAAGAGGAGGAUUCACUAAAAUUUCUGCAAUAUGUUGAAGACUAUGGACUAAGAGCAUAUAACAGAUUGGUUUCACAGAACAUCAGUCACGAGGGGAAUGAGAAAAACUGGAUAAAGUUUCAGGGGAAAAUCAACAAGAAGCAAACACAGGAAGAAGCCAUUAAAAGGAGGGAAGAGGUGAUCACCGAGGGUAAGCACCUGCGAAUGGGCUCCAUGAGCAUGCCGGCCCCUGUAGAACACAUGUCUCCUCACCAGCACCAGCCCUCCUGUAACCCAGGUUUCACAGUUCGCUCUCAGUCCCUACACUCUGUGGAAGGAGGGGAAGAGGAGGGCAGCCCCACAUCCCGUAAGCAGCCCCCGCCCAAACCCCGGAGGGACCCCAGCACCAAGCUCAGCAUCUCCUCUGAAGCUGUGGACCUCAGUCCCACCGGGAGUAAAGGCAAUAACUUAGAGAGGUGUGAUGGAUCACAAGGCUGCAGUGAGGACUGCAGGAAAGUUCCCCCACCAAAGCCUAAGAGGAAUCCUAACACGCAACUAAGCACUUCCUUUGACGAGUCUUACAUCCGCAGUCAUGGUUCAAAAGGUUUUCCCACCAUGCUCUUCUCAAGUGAUGUCCAUGCUCCUUUUCCUGCUCAGCCACAGGGCCCACAGGAUUCAGACUUAGAUGAACCUGUCUACAUUGAGAUGUCUGGGAAUGUGAGACGAGAACCGACCCUCCGUCCUGAGGAAGAUGAGCCAGGUGAAGCUGUCUAUGAAGAGAUGAAGUACCCAGGCCUUGAUGAGAUUGACUUGCGUUGGGAUCUUUCUAGCUGUCGCUCACAGUGUGCCACACCCUGCACACCUGAGCUUGAUAUUCAUGCCCCCCUAAGCCGUUGUACCACCCCUCGGGGCACGCCAGUUUGUGACAUCCCUGCCCCAUUCCCCAACCUGUUGACACAUAGGCCACCUUUACUGGUUUUCCCUCCAGUCCCAGCUCAGUGCUCGCCCAACUCGGACGAGUCCCCUCUCACCCCUCUCGAUGUAGCAAAGCUUCCUAUGUUAGAAAACAGUUCUUAUGGCAAGUCACCAACCCCAUCUUCUCUGGAACCCUCUGUCUCUGCAUCUACGCCACACCUAAGACGUGCUGAGAGGGAGCUAACAGCCACUCCUACAAUAACAGUAUCUGGGCGAUCGUCGGCACCACCACUGCCCUGUGCCCUCUAUAAAAGUUCUUCCUCUUCACACGGUUAUCAGCGCAGUCACUCAGCCUGCCCCUCACCUGUUAGUAUGGGCCGGUGCCUGACCCCCAGCCUCAUGAGAUCACCUCCUUUUGAUGGGCCAUUUCCUACAACAGGCCUUCCUCGCAGUGCCUCUGCCACACCACAUGGAAAGGGAUCACCACCGCAGGAUGCGGGCUCAGGGGGACGGCAUCAUGGCUCCAUGCAGAACGUCUCAGUGGCACGCUCACGGACGCCCACUAGCCCACUAGAUGAGCUCACAAACCUCUUCACCACUGGCAGGAACAUGCUGAAAAAGAAUACCAGUGGCAGAAAGAGCAAGGAGCCAGGAGAAAGAACGUUCCUUGCAGAACUAAAGAUGGUUCCAAAGGGCAGGAUGUCUUCUUCCACAACAGUAGCACCAUCUCCAAAAGGCACACCUCAGAGACAGCUAGCUGAUGUCCAACAGAUGCCCCCUAUGCCAUGGUUGUAUAGUGACAGCACCAUGGUGGAGAUGAUAGAGAGGAAACAACGCCUCUGCCGGGAGAUAAGGUCUCGACAACGUCUUCCUGACCGUAGCCCAUGCAAGAAAGAAAGCCUGCCUACAAUGCCCAGCUGGAAAAAAACUAACGGGGCAAAGAAGCACAGCCCACCUCCCUACCCUACUCAGACUACAGUCUUCUGGGACACAGCCAUUUGACUUCGUGGUCUUGUGAGCAUAUUAGGGUCAUGCUCUGUCUUUCAUUAUCAGGCAGGUUUGAACCCACCAAAAGAGUGGUGUUAUCGUAGCAAUAUGUCAGAGCUUGCAGUUUAUGAGGUU